AUGACACACCUUAUACCAUGCACAACUUUUGAAAUUGAUGCUAAAGAAACAGCUCAAUUAUUAUUUCAACAGGUAUUUAGAUACCAUGGAUUACCAAUAUCGAUUGUCUCUGAUCGUGAUCCCCGUUUCACAAGUGAUAUGUGGGAAUCAUUGAUGAAGAUAAUCAACACGAGAUUAAAACUCUCAACUCCCGCUCAUCCUCAGACAGAUGGUCAAACGGAGAGGAUGAACCGGACUGUGAGAAGCAUUAUUACCAAGUACCAUGAAGAGUACAAAGAGGAAUGGGAUAAAUGGAUCCCAGCAGUGGAGUUUGCUAUCAACUCUGCUAAACAAUCGUCGACUGGCAAGUCACCAUUCGAAAUUAAUUAUGGUUUUCAACCAUUCACACCAACUAACUUGGCUUGA